CCACUUGUAUGGAAGGUCCGGCGGUCCGAAGAGCCGCCAAGCGGAUCGCCACAACUAUAGGAACAGAACUACAUGCAUUCAUAGAAAUAGAAAAUAAUAUAUCUCUUUUUCCAUGGGCGACAUUGCCAGCGGCAUGGAUGGCAGGCGCGUGCGCCCUACGACGACGACGACGACGACGUGGCGACAUGGCGGCCGGCGGUCAUUAUCCGGGUAAUAGUUUGGAUCGCAGGCUCAAGCCAGGUUAACAUGUUGUCAUCAGGAGCUCCACUUUUAAGCUUGACUAAAUCUAAAUUAGUAAAUUUCGUGCUAUGCCUGAUCCACCGCUAGAGACUGCUUCAUUCCGCUCAGUCGGUAGACGUUUCCAAUUCUGGAGCAACUCGCUGAUUUCUCUUUCCCCCAUCCCCCUUGAUAUGAAGCUGCAGAAGGCAUCUGGUCAUUUCAAACUCUCGUUGUGAUUAGACGAACGAGAAGUCGACAAUAUGCGCCGGCGAACUAAAGAAAUUGAAACAGACUCUAAGGCAACCAGUUCACUACAACUUAAAGGUAACAGAAACCAGUUGGAGUUUAAUUCUCAGCUCCUUGACUGUCUUGAUCUCUAAUCUGUCCGAGCGUGUCCGUGCGAAACCUUCUGGCGGUUUAAGAGCAACUCCAAAAGGCCAAGUCUGUCGUCGAGAAGUGCACUAAGUUGAUUCGCUUUGCAGACAAAACCCUGCUCUAUGGUUGGGCUGCAGUUGAAGAGUAUGAUGAGUUUGGUGAGCUCACGGGCGAUUCCGAAGACGAGAAGAAGCUUUAUACCGCUGAGUGACAUGUAUACUUUCUAAGAUCAAACAAAAGUCUGUCAAACCCCCGGUCAAACCUCACGGCUGAAGGUUUUCAAUAGCAAACGCUCGGAGAUACCGAGAUUUUCAAGCUUCAAAAGAACCCCCGGAUCUUCUGCUUCUGCUGUAUCUCUUCCUUUUCGUCUAACAGUAAGUGUUUAUUUUGUGUACUUUAAGUUCAGGACAUUUUUGGUUCUGAUGAAUUUUGUUCGUCCAUACUUCUUAUGUAUUAAUGGAGCUAAUUUAAUUCACUAUAUUUGUUGUAUCUGUGGCUUUAUUCCCGUUUGAAUAUUGAAGUGUUUGCCACUUGGCCCUGUGCGUUUAUUGUUUUGCCGCUGGGCACUUGCGCACAUGUUUUACCCUGCAUGGUUGCCACUGAGCUUUUUCGUGGCUACUAGUAGUUCUCUUAGUAGUAGUCUGUUGGCAUUCGAUAGCUGCUGUAUGUGCCACUGGGCGUAAGCACGACUCGAUCAGGCACUGGACGGCCCGCGACUGUCUUCCGUUCAAUUUUCAUUUUGUUAUAUUAAUAUUUCUAAAACUGUGCUUUAUCAUUCAAAUAGGACCGUUUAUGUUGAAUAAAAAAAACGAGAUGCUCCUUCUAUACGACUGGUUUCUUAUUUACACAACGUUAGAAAUCAUUUUGUUACUUUUCGCUGCAGAGUGAUCAGACAACAAUAUAAACUUAUGAGGAGAGUGCUGGGCAGACAGCAAUGUAGUUUGAUCUACAAUACCAGAUGAAAGUGGUUAGAACACCAAAGUUGGAUGACGCAUCUACCGGUAGAGAUCUUAUCAGGCAAAAGAUACCUUAUUGUUAUUUAUUUUGGCGGGACUUAUUAGUUUUCGCGAUUUUGAGAGACCAGGGGAAAAACGCUUUGGCGAAAAUUAACAACGCAAAAUUUAAUACUUUGUUGUAUGAUUUGUUAAUCGACGUAUUACUUUGCCAAGAGGGGAGAAAGCAAGUGUUGCUGGGGUAGUAAAGGGUGAGUCAACUCUUCCGCUCGAGGAUCCAUUUCAAGAAAUUGACAAUGUCUUUCAGCUGUAAGCUCAAAUAGAUGGUGUACAUGACACUGUCUUUUCUCUGUUUUGCUGCCAAAAAAAAAGCAUGUGAAACCGUUUCAAGUUUCGUUUUGUUAUUUUAUAUGGUUUUGUACAGUGUCAUUGAAAACUAUUGCUUUGGAAGAUUAAAUCAAUUCUGCCUAUUCUGAGACCGUUUGCCAUAAUGAAGAUCAGAAUUUUGAUAAUUUUAGCGAAAUUUAGUUCCUGUUAACCUAAUUUUUUGGGCAAAUCGCGAAAUUUAAUUCCUAAGAAAUGUGUUGCUCCAUUUUCGACAAAUUAAGUUCCCGCGAAAAUAAGAAACAAUAAGGUAAGUAACUACUAGUUAAAGAUGUUUCGCACAAUUGAUCCUACACGACAUAUUGUCCAGUAUAGCAAAAACUUCGGCCGGCCAUAGCAACCUUCGGAUACGAGAUGUUCUAAAUGUCAUCGACCUGUAAAUUAAGACGUUUCAUUUAAGUAGCCGGAAUAUCACGAUAGACAAGGAGUGGUAUAGGAAGUGACGUGCAUCGCAUUUAAUGUUGCCAUGUUUGUUCAUUGCUCUGAGGUUACCGAAAGAAAAUGGUAUAUUACAUGUACAAGGCUGGAUAACACGCACCGCGCUGACUUAAUCAAAAGAGUGGUUAUAGGCUUGUUAAGCAUAACCACAAGACGCCGUUGGACUUACUGAAGCGCUAUUUUUCGUCAGCCAAUAACAGUUAUGCUCAUAUUGUUGGUUCGCGUACAAGUUGUAUAUCAACCAAAUUCCAGUGUUUCAAUUAGAAUUACUGUCUGGUAAUGCUUCAAAUCUGUCAUUCAAGUACUUACAAUCGACCCUUUCCCUCUCAAACUGAACGAUGGGAAAGUUUCCGCGCCAGAUACUUUAGUUGCGUCAUGCUAUGGGUUUAAACUGGGACAAGCAGGACCUACGAGUGAGGGCCAGUUUGGCCCUAGUGGGUUUGGUUCAUCCAAGUAUACUAAAGACCGCUCCCAGUACAGUAACACCUAUUUCUUGUCUCUCCUUCUUUGCUCAUAUUAAAGUAUAAUGGAAAAGAUUGUGUUAUAGAUUACAGUGACAAUGUGAUAAGUGCAUACUUGCUACUGAUAACCCGACUACGCGACAAAAGUGUUGGGACGAUAGUUUUCCCUAUUCCACCCUUUACAAGGAUCGACUUCAGGUUAAGCAAAGUGACUGACAAUAUUAUUAUUAUCAUUAUUAUUAGAGUUAGGUGCUACACUAUUUGAGGUUCCCGUUCCACUCUAACAUCAUGUUGGUCAGUUCGGUGUAUCUAUUGCGUUGCGGCGCCAGUUUUAACAGAACAAAUAAGAAACAGAUGAAAGAUAUGUGCCCGCUUUUUCUUCCACCCGAUGCCGUGUUACCACAACUCGUCGACUUAACUUAAGCAUUCCGGUGCCCACGUUUUUAUGACCCGUCGGUAGGACGAAAGCGGUCAGAAAGUCGAUUGUUUUCAUUCAGGAAAAUAAGGAUUAUCUAUCACAUGCGCUGCAACAAGCCUUAUUAUUGGCGUGACUUUGACAGUGUGACUUAUAUUUCAUUGCCCGGCUUCCUUUACUGUCUCGCAUGCCUGCAACAAGGUGACAAGUUUAUUACUGGCUCUGUGGGCGAUUCCAUCGUGAGAUAUUUGUCAGCAUGCAAAGGGAGAGAGAAGGGCAAAGACCUCGUGAAAGAAAAGAUGGCUGUAUAUGUCUGAAAGAGAUUUCUGUGGAACAGCAGAUGGGGAGGUCAACUGAGAGCAUUCCUCAUGUAUUCCGCAACUUCGACAAAUGUUCUUCUGUUGGCGAAAACGUGGGAAAUUUGCGGAGAACUAGGUCUUUCACGUUACCUAAAGUCUCAAAGAAAGAAAAGGAAACGCAAAGUCUCAUCAAGAUCGUGUUUGGAGCAAAAACACGUCACAAGCAAAGUGAUCCAAAAUGCGGCAGUUUGCGGACAAACAACGUUCAAAACAAUACGUUCAACCCGAAUACCAACGGCCAUGAGUUAAGUAGCAAACAGAACCCCAAACAGACUGAAGGUUCAUCAGCUAGACAACACGAGUUCAUUAUCCCCAAAAUUUGUAUUCAGACGCCCGAGGAGGUGAACAAAGAGUCACACUUAACACUCAGUCCAAUCACAAUACGGCUACAGCUGGACACGACACAAGAUUCGAUGCACGACCGACAAGAAAGCAAGGAAUGCCUCGAAAGUCAAAUGCCUGCAACUUUACGCUCUGAAACAACGACUUCUGAUAAGAACGAAAGUAGAAUAGUGGCGCGAAGGAAAAGAAGUUUCUCGUGGAGCGAUGUAUAUAGUAGCGGGGCUUUAAAGAUUAGCACUGCGGAGGUAUUAAAGGGCAGUACUUCAUGGUGUGCCUUUCUCGACUCAACUGCUGCACGAGAAACCGACCUAUGUUCAACCGACUUAUGAAACAACAGCAAGACGUACAUCUACUAACCGCUAGGACGUGAGACCAAGAGGAAGAAAUUGCUUCAAAAAGAGUGAACAAUGCUUUGUCUGUUUGUGAUGAUAGGGCAGCUGGAAAAUUUGAGGCAACAAGCGAUAAAGCAAAGAAGUUGUGGUUCCAAAAGCAGUACAUGUAGACAAAGUAGUCCACAAAAUCUGAAAAGGGUUAUUGUAAAGAAUGCCGUGAUUUUAGUGGCGAAAACCAUUUCUCAUCAAUAUUUCCAAAAAUGUGAACAUAAUACCAGAUACUACUAACACUUUGGUUGUUAUUAACGUCGUCAAAAAUGUCAUUCAAACGCACUAUACAAGUAAUCGUCCGCCAUCUUGAAUCCGCUCUCUCAGAUCCGCCAUCUUGUAUUUCUUAAAAUUUAUUUUUCUCAUAAAAACGUGGAAAAUGAGCAAGUACACUGAAAUAGUCAAACGUUAGUCAAAGACAAAUCUUAAGAAAUAAUUAAUUUACUGUACAGAGACAGAGAGACAAUUUUAUCACAAAAUCCAUCAGCCAUCUAAGAUUUUCAUCUUUUCCUAAAAUGGUCCUAAUUAUAAUGAGCAGUUAGAUUUAAUAAGAUACAUUGAUGCUAAAUUAAGAGGAAAAAAUACAAUACAGCAAACAAAGGUUUGAAAACUACUUUCUAUUCAUGUGUACAAGAAUGGUACACUAGAAUAGAGGGGUACAUUUAACUCUGUGGUAUUCCAUAGUUAGACACUACAAUACACUAGAAUUCAUUAAUUUAAUGAAAAUCUACUGAAAAUUAGAAUACCAAGUGUACACCCAUUGUUAGAAACCUUAUUCAAACCUUUUACCUUUUUCUUAGCUCCUUCUCACCUUUCAAAAAUUUCUUCUGCAUGUCUGACUACUUUUACUAGGAUGUUCACUACAUUUUUACAGGUAUAGGUUUGUGAACAUAGACUAAAGAUGUGUCAAAUAUAUAUAAUCUAUGUCAGGUGCUACAAAAUGGAGUUUCCACUGCCAACUCAGAGAUGGACAGUUUUGACACAACCCACUCAAAGAUGGGCAGUGCUAUGUAUGCCAAGAAAAUAUAUUGUUUUCAUUGAUAAAAAAACACCUUGUGAAUGGAGGCAAUGUAAGGUUAAGACAAUUCAGUUAUUAUUUAUGGUGGUUUUUAAGAUUCAAGCUUCUCAAUGACGUCUUUAUUCUUCGACUUGAUUUAGUAUUACAGUUGAAAUAGCAGUGCAAGGUAAUGUUUGUGGUUGUUUUUAUCGGUGGAUGGUUAUUACGAAAAUCUAAAUCUAAUUUACCAGCCAAAUAUGCAUGUAGAUGAUAUGUAUAGAUAUAGUAACCACCUUUAGUUAGGAGGAAUCAGGAAUGCUCAGGCAAUAACUACUUAUUUCAACAAAUGUUGCUCCAGUUGCCAAAGAAGGAUUGGAAAUUACCCUUGACUGAAAGCAGUGAAUAUUAACAUGCAACAAAUACAUAUCCACACAUCAUAAAGCAGUUGGACUGUCUUGACUUUGAAAUAUUGUUCAGAUCACUUAAGCUGUCCGUGAAGAUUAAUGUCAAAGAAAUUAAGAAGGAGCAUUACUAAUAUACAGUCAAAAGUAAAAUAAAUAAAUAAAUAAAUAAGUUAAAUGGCCACUUAUUAAAUGGCCACCUCUAUUAGGCAGUCUGCAAUCAAAGUCCCGAUGAGGGCUAAUCUAUUGCUUUUUACCUCUAUUAAGCGGACAACCUCCUUUAAGCGGCCACUAUCCAUUUCCCCAAGGGUGCCUUUUUAAUAGGGGUUGAACUAUAUCAGGCAAUACUAUAUACAAUUUAACCCACGCUACAACUUAGUGUUUAUUUUCCUUUGUUCUGGUUUAUGGUAAUAUAUUAUAAUGUAAAAGGUUGAACCACAACACAACACAGAAAUACUUGCAAGCACAAAGACCUAUAAUGGCAUUUCAUAAAUCAUAAUUACAAGUUCUAAUGAUAACCUUAGAAGACAAUCGUGUUCAAAGUAAUUAAUGUACUAGUAUCAGUCGAUUCCAAAAUUCAACAUCCCUCCCCUCUUGCAAUUGCCUCAGGCACCAUGCGGGCAUUAACAAAUUCUGAAUUUUUAGUUGAUAAAAUUUCCAUCUCCUGGGCCACAAAAGGUCAAGGGUCCAAGUGUCCCACCUUAGUGUCAUACUUAUCACUAUGCAAUCAAAUGCCCCAACCCCUGGGACAUACAUAGGAAAUAUAAGUAAUGGGAAAAAAAAUCAUCCUAGAACACCCACCCACUUUCAGCUUCCACUGGGCUGAAUAACUUUUUCAUGCAUAUUAUUAGACUAUACAAACAAAGAAUUUUUCACAAGGGAGACUUUCUAUUCACCUUUAAAAACUGUAAAAACUCUUUGAAGGAAUUGUGUUUGAUCCACAACAUACCCUGUAUAAAAAAAA